UCCCGCCUGCGCACAAUUCGCGGUCUCGCGUUCACUGCCUCGCGCGUGCAGUGCGAGCUCGAUCUCGCGACCCUCAAAUCGCUGCCGGAGAAGCGCGUUUUAGCUCUUUCAGCACAUUGUUUUCUCUGCGUGAGUUUGGUUCGUGCUGUGGAAUAUGGAUUCGCGGAAAGUGACGGAGUUAAAGGCCUUUGUGCAGAUGUGCAAAGACAAUCCAUCUGUGCUGCAUCUGCCAGAGAUGGGCUUCUUUAAGAGCUGGCUGCAGGGAAUGGGAGCAAACAUACCAUUACCAACAAAGAAUGACAGCUCAUCAUGCAAGGGAAGCUGUCCAUGUGAUGGAGCCCCCAAAGCAGCGGCAGAACCCGAACCUGCCCCGCCAUCUGAGAGUGAAGAGAGCGAAUUAGAAAUUGAUAAUGAAGGAGUGAUUGAGCCUGACACAGAUGAUCCUCAGGAGAUGGGAGAUUACGAAAGCCUGGAGGUCACAGAUGAGAUGAUGGACCAGGCCAAUGAGAAGAAGAUGGAGGCUAUUGGAGUGUUGGGAGACGGUGACCUACAGAAAGCUCUAGAUCUCUUCACAGAGGCCAUCAAACUCAACCCGAAACUGGCCAUUUUGUAUGCCAAAAGAGCCAGCGUAUUUGUGAAAAUGCAGAAACCCAACGCUGCCAUCAGAGACUGUGACCGAGCCAUCAGCAUCAACCCAGACUCAGCCCAGCCUUAUAAGUGGAGGGGGAAGGCACACAGGUUGCUUGGCCACUGGGAGGAGUCCGCUCGAGAUUUAGUGAUGGCCUGUAAGCUGGACUAUGAUGAUGAGGCCAGUGCCAUGCUAAAAGAAGUCCAACCAAAGGCCAACAAAAUCAUUGAGCACCGGCGCAAAUAUGAGCGCAAGCGUGAAGAACGAGAGAUCAGAGCACGGCAAGAACGAGUGAAGAAAGUGAGGGAGGAGCACGAGAGAGCACAGAGGGAAGAGGAAGCCAGACAACAGACCGGAGGGGCACAAGGAGGAUUCCCAGGAUUCCCAGGAGGUGCUGGUUUCCCAGGUGGAGCUCCUCCGUUUGGAAUGGCUGGACUUAAUGAGCUAUUUAAUGAUCCAGAGGUUCUCAUGGCCAUGCAGGUAAAGUUAACCACGUAA